ACGGUCAACAUGAUAUUGUGAAGAAUCCAAGUCUCAUUGGUACGUUAACUAGCAAAGGGAUAUAACAUUUACGUAUACCAUUUACGAUGAAGAUAUUGAUCAUCGCUUUGUUGCUAUACAAUGUAUUUGCUAGCACGAUAUCACUUAACCUCGAGUAUUUGGAUCCGGUUAAACUACAAACGAAGACAUCACCUACAAUUCAGGAAAAUGCCGCUUCUAAUAUUAUCAGCAAGUACAUAAACUCAGUGAAAGUCGUUAUCAACCCGGUAAUGUUUCACGACAACAAAGAUGUGUUCUCCCUACGCACUGUCGACGGGACUUUACAAAUACGAGCGAGCAGCGGAGUCGCAGCGGUGUGGGGUUUUAACUACUACCUCAAGAAAUAUUGCAAGAGCCAAAUCGCCUGGCAAGUUCAAAGGGUUAGUAUCCCAGACCCGUUGCCCGAAGUGGACGAAACUGUGAUAGCUAACGACAGGUUUCGAUACUACCAAAACGUUUGCACGGCGUCUUAUAGUUUCGUUUGGUGGAACGAACGUAAAUGGACGGAACAUGUCGAAUGGAUGGCUUUAAAUGGCAUUAAUUUAGCCUUAGCUCCAGUUGCUCAAGAAGCCGCAUGGGAGAAAAUUUACACCCGCUUAGGAAUGACGAAAGAUGAAAUCAACGACCACUUUACUGGCCCAGCGUUCCUCGCUUGGUUACGAAUGGGUAACUUCCACGGUUGGGGAGGACCUCUGCACAAAGCGUGGCACGAUCAGCAAAAGAAGAACCAGGAUGCAGUCGUCGAUUUGAUGUUCCAACUCGGUAUGGUACCAAUAUUCCCCGCGUUCAAUGGUCACGUACCUAAAGCAUUCGAGAGAAUCUUCCCGAACACAACUUUUCACCAAGUCGAAACGUGGAAUAGAUUUAAUAGCGACUACUGUUGCAACUUAUUCGCCGAUCCUAAAGAGCCGUUAUUCAAAACGAUUGGAACAAUGUUCAUGAGAGAGAUCACAAGCGAAACUGGUACCAGUCACAUCUAUACAGCUGAUCCAUUCAAUGAGAUUAAAGUCCAAGCGUGGUCGACAUCCUUGGUGCAGGAGACUGCGAAAUCAAUAUAUUCCACUUUAACAGAAGUCGACCACAACGCUGUGUGGCUUAUACAAAACUGGAUGUUCGUUCACAAUCCUCUCCUGUGGCCACUUAACAGAGUUCAGACGUUCAUUACAUCCGUACCCAACGGACGCAUGUUAGUAUUAGAUUUACAAUCUGAACAAUGGCCCCAAUAUGAUUUGUAUGAAAUGUAUUACGGGCAACCCUUUAUUUGGUGCAUGCUGCAUAAUUUUGGCGGCACGUUAGGUAUGUUUGGAAGCAUGCAAACUAUAAACAAGGACGUGUACGAGGUACGAACGAAGGUGAACAGUACGAUGAUCGGUACAGGUCUAACGCCUGAGGGAAUCAAUCAAAACUAUGUAGUUUACGAUUUAAUGUUGGAAUCUGCGUGGCGUCGUCGCCCCGUUGAGGAUUUAAACGCAUGGGUGAGCGAUUACGCAGAAAGACGGUAUGGUUGCAACGCUACAGCUCGCGCUUGGAGGUAUCUACUGAAAAGUGUGUACAAUUUCGAAGGUCUAAACAGAAUAAGGGGCAAAUACGUCGUAACACGUAGACCGAGUUUCAAAAUACGUCCUUGGGCUUGGUACAAUGGCAGUGACCUUUUCAAAGCGUUGAGAACUCUCGUAUUUGUCGAGGACAACGAAUGUGAUUCUCCUGGUUUCCAGCACGAUCUGGUAGACGUGACGAGGCAAGCGUUGCAAUACAGAGCCGAGCAAUUGUACAUGAACUUAUUAAGCGAUCGUUCAUCAAACAGUUUGAUAUUCAACUUUUCUAUAAACCGUUUCCUGGAUGUAAUGAGGGAUAUGGAGAAUAUAUUGGGAACGAACAACGAUUUUACGAUAAAUUACUGGCUGGACAAUAUAAGAAAAAUGCUGGGGUCGCGCUCGGAAGAAUCGUACUUGUACGAAAUGAAUGCACGCAACCAGAUAACGCUGUGGGGACCGAAUGGAGAAAUUACAGAUUACGCGUGCAAGCAAUGGGCGGAAGUUUUCCAUUACUACUACAUACCAAGAUGGUCGAUGUUCCUUAAUUUGGCUUUGGACGCGAAAAACAGGAACGAAACGUUCGACGAGAAGAAUGCCCAACGCGUUGUGAGAUCUUCCGUCGAGGAAAGGUUCCAGACGUUGGAAAUUAAUAAACUGCCCCGAAACGACACAAGAACUUUGGCGAUCCUACUAUACGAGAAAUGGGCAUACGUAUCGGGUUUGGAAGAUUUACCCGAAAGGAUUAUAAGACGUAAAUCUGUAUCUACUACAACGACUUCAGCAGAUAUUGAUUUUUACUAUACAGACACAGAUAAUGAAGAUGAUGAAGAUUCCACUCCAUCGGUUGUAUCUUUGCUUUAUACAACAACAACUUAAAUUGUAUCCAUUUACUUAAUAAUAUGAUUAUUCUUUAAUUAAACCCAUUUCAGAAUU